GGUCAACUGUCAUGGCCUACAUCAUUAGUCACCUGUUUAAACGGAUUUUCCCAAAUGACGGGAUCAAGUGUUGACACUAUUUUUAGGUAGAUGUCGUUCUGAAAAAUAACCGUUGGAUACAAAAUGGCUACCUAGGUGUGUUUGACUGCAGGUGUGCAUUUUCGGCUGACACGGCCUGUCAUCAUCGACACUUACGACACAAAAUAAACAGAAGACGUUACCUGCCGUUGACGUGACGUCACCAGUCACUGGGAUUCUGUGAGAUUUUACGAGAUUCUCCGACAUGACACUGCUUUGCCUGUUGGUCUGUCUUAUCUGCCUGCUGCCCGUGCAAGCCGCCAAGACAGCAUGUAGAGUUCCUUCUGUUGGACAGUCGGAUGCGACCACACUGACCUGUUACUUCUCUGAGGAUGUUAGUCAGACAAAGAAAGACUUUGCUGUGUAUCGCUACAGUGGCAAUGAACGACCAGACCCUGUGGUGGACUGCCUCUGGGUUGAUGGAAAAUUAAAUUGCUACACGAAACCUGGCUACACCUAUGACCCAGUCAUCUCCAAUGAAGCAACCGUCCAAAUACCCCGGUUGUCUGCUAAUCAAACUGGGAGGUACACGUGUCAGAUCUCAGGGCUGCAGCCUGAAGAUUUUGAAUUUUGCGAACUUUUUAUCUCGCCAGAAACAAGGACCUGUGAGCUCCAGUCUCAGGAGUCGACAGAGGAGCACACACUCACCUGCAUCUUCCCCGAGAACAUCGCUCAGUCCAAAAACGACUUUGCAGUUUAUCACUUUGAUGAUCUUGGAAGACAAGUCGUUGUGGUGGACUGCUUCUGGCACAUGGACAGCCUGUCCUGCAAGACUCACCCUGGGUACCAGUCAGACAACACAGUCACGGAUCGCUUUCAAGUCAGAAUUUCACAGACAUCAGAACACAGGAAUGGAAGCUAUCUGUGCGAAAUGUCUGGAUCCAGUCCCAUUUAUGUCUCGAUUUGCAGCUUUCCACAAGGAGGACAUGUUUACCAAAUGGCCACCGAUGUUUCCCGAGAAUCAUCAAACGCUGCUGCAGUUGUGCUUGGAAUUCUGCUGGCAAUAGCACUAGCAGUUCUUUUCUGUGUUAUCAUCUACAUCAAAUGCAAACAUCCUCAAGUCCUACAGAGUAUUACAUGUCCAAAGCUGAAGAAAGAGAAGGUGGAGAGGCAGGUCGUCAGAUCAGGUGACAGGGAGGCGGCUGUGGGGCUGAUGACCAAUCAGGAGAGAACAGGGCCAGCGAGCCGUGUCCGCUCAAUCUUCACAAAUGCAGUGCAAAGAAUUUCAAGUUGUUCAAACGCAGCAUCGACAGACAUAGAAAUGAAUGCUGAGCAAGCAGGAAACAUAAGCGACGAGCAGCUUCAUCGAAAAGGAAAGUUGCGCUCUCUUGCAGUUGAGACUGAUCGUCGUGACAUGGUAGAAGCAGUUACUCAGGUCACAGAGAAAGAGUUGGAAGUGUUUGACCCUAAGCCUCGCACUGUGCCACAGACGAGCGGAGUAAACACGCGACCAGCCGAGCACCCGAGUGACGUCACUGUGGAAGUAGAGGACACCAGUGAUUCCACGAAUAAGAAAAAGUCAAAAUUUUCAUUUGGUUUUGGAAAAUCCAAAAACAAGGAAAAGGAAUCUAAAAAACCACCCGAAAAGGAUAAAGACACACCCGGCGACAGCAAACAUGCUGGAAUACACCAUUCAACCAAAACAAAAUCCACUCCAGAUGACCAGGAGUCGUUUGACCAUAGACACAGGGAUGAAUUCUCUCGAGAGAAUGUAGGCCAUGGCCAAGAUAGAGCAUUCGGGAGAGGUUAUGAAGGUGAGAGCUCUAGCAGGAGACAGCCGUCUGAAGAAGUCAAAUACCCGGACAAAAGCCAAUACCCACCAGAAAAAGCUGCUUCAGCUUCCGCUGCACCAAAAUCGCGCACCCCCGUGUCUGAAGAAACACACAUGGCAGACAGCAGGAAAAGCAAGCCUCGGGAAGAGUACAGACCGACAGAGGAGGAGGAUGUAGAUAUAGAUAUCAGACGUCACAGCAGGCCAGCGGAAAAUCGUCCCCAGUCAAGAGGAGACAAGCGAGACCCGGCUCCCGUCAAGAGUAGUGUUAACGCUCCUUCAAGAUACCCAGGGUACCCGGAAGACCCCGGACAGAGGUCGGGUGACGUGGCUAGCAUUGCACGUGACCAGGUCUCCAACGUCACAGGCGCACCACAGGCUCCAGCAGGUGCUCGCGCCUUGCAGACAUCAGGCUUCCAGAUGCCAGAGACAGGUACUGAAGAAACUUCAGACAAGAAGACAUCAAAAAAUAAAAAGUCAAUGAAACAAGAAUCCAAAGAAAGUGAGGGAAAAGACAAGAGUAAAGGUGCAUUCUGGAGCAGAAGUUCCAGCAAAAAACAAAAAGAAGGAAGCGCACCAACUGUAUUACUCAGUGGUCCCACGAGUGACGAUGCAGAGGCAGUCAACAUUCAGGUAGAAGAAAAGAAAAAGAAGAAAUCAGGCCUGUUUAGCAGGAGUUCCAGCAAGAAAGAAGCAAAAGCAGCAGCAGCAGCACCACUUCUCGGUGAUAAGAUAAACGAGAAUGCCGAGGAAGCCAGUAGAACCGACCCUCAGCAGGAGUUGAUAAAAGACAGUGACAAGAAAAAAGACAGCAAGAAAAAGAAAGAAAAGGAGAAAACAUCUCGCAAGGGCAAAGCAGAAUCGCAGUAGAGAGCUGGACAAGGAUGACUAUCAGUGAGUUAAUGUCAAUGGCAAGAAGCAUCAACCAGAACGACACGGCAACUCUGAGUCGAAUGAUGAAUGUUCACACAACAGAUUCAUAAACACAGGAUGUGACCGAAAAUAGUGAAGGAACCAGGGAACUAUAAAACAAAGAAAGCAGCCUUGUACGGGUCAAGACAGCAAACCUCCUACAGGCUUGUUCCUGAUCAGUCAUGUGAUCAGUCAUGUGAUCAGAAGCGUGAAGUGUGACCAGAAUUGAGUCGAUAAACAGACAAGAAAAUAAACAAUUGUUUGGUUUGUCAAGAAUGUAUCACACGAAAAAUUAAUUCUGCAAAAAAUGUUUUGUGCAGAGGAGGCUCAGUAUCCUUCUUGUAUUUGCCUCGGGUGUAAGCCUACCCUACCAAAGGAGUAACAAGCCUUCAACGUGCCGUUGGUUAUCAGACUUCUGCACACAGCAGGCUUCAAGAAAAAAAGGAUUUAUUACCAUAAAUGAUAAGCUAGUUCAGACUGAAAAAAAAUAUGCGUUGAGGCGUUAAUGACCCUCAAGACUACUGCAAACAUGUCACUGAUGUAUUGUUGUCGAUUGAAAAUAUUUUGUAAACAUACAAACAGACAAAGUGUUAUCCGGGCAGAAAGAUUUUAUCUAAAAAAAUUUCAAAUGCAAAUAAGUGUCUAUAUUUCAUUAUUCAUUUACUCAUUACUCGCUCAUGUUACUUACAUUUUACGCGAAAUGUAUAUGUCGUUAACAAUUAUUUUUGUUUGUAUGUUUGGCACUCAUUGUGUGUAUUUGAACUUUAUGUGACACGUUGCUGCUUGUGUAAAUAGAAGAGUGGGGUUUUUUUUUCACCUUUCAUCAGACAGCAGGAACCGUUACUUUUACCUUACGACAAUAAUGUUUAGGGUGGACUUUGUGUUAAACUAACUCUGUGUGUGCCUGUGUUCUGAUUAAGAUAUUACAACAGACUAACAAACAGCUGUCAUGGCCUCCUGUCCGUUUGUGAUCACUCAUCAGAUGUAAUGUACAGGUAAACCGAGAACUUAACGAACCCUUCUCGCAUAUUAAUUACUCACUGAUUAUUAAUAACCAGAAUUAACUCUCCAGAGGCGCAUAUUCUUGAUACUCGUACGCGUGUGAAAGCGCAUGUGGCUAGAAUUACAUUUUAAUGCGAAAGAGUAUAAACAUUCAUGAGACCGACCACAUUAAUUUAAUCACAGAAUUAUAUGUGUGACAUGCAAUACUAUCUUGGGAUGCCUGCUUUGUAAAUUACAUGUGAACAUGAAAAAGAAUGUGCAAAUAGAAUAGUAAAAAUAAAUUUCUGACCAUAGGA